AUGAGGGCUAUCAACACUUCCAUUGCCACUUUCGCGGCGGCUACGUUGCCACUCUUCGCGUGUUUCACUACAGCGCAGUAUAGCCCAAACUGCCCCCUUCAAGGUGCAGUGUUUCCCGUUCCAAAGAACUUGAAAAGGGACUCAGGAGCUAUUGGCACGGGACUAUCCGUUCUGCAGGAUGAACUUCAAAAACUCAUCAAUAACCCACUUGCCUUCGACAAUGCUAGUACAAGCUUUCAGCUAAAUCUCUUCUCAAAAGAUGAGAAUCUUUUCAAUUUCAGUUACGCCGCAACGAGUUUGGAUAACACUUCACUUCCAUCAAGAGGUUUAGACGAGAACACUAUAUUCCGUAUUGGCAGCGUCUCCAAACUUUUGACAGUCUACGCACUCUUAGCUGAACUCGGCACGAACCACCUGAAAGAUCCUGUCACGAAAUGGGUGCCCGAACUUGCAGAAUUCUCAAAGAAUGGGGCUAAUGACGCUGUGAGCCAAGUGAAGUGGGAUGAGGUUACCAUCGAGGCUCUUGCUAGUCAUUCAGCUGGCUUAGACCGGGAUUAUUCUCUUUCUGACUUUGCAAACCUUAUCAAUGAGACAAUAGCAGAGCAGGCUGCACUUCCACCACUUGCGCCCGAAGAUAUCCCAACUUGUGGCACCACCGACUUCUUGCUUCCAUCAUGCUCGCGUGCAGAUUUUCUCAACGAAGUCAAGGCUUUGCACCCCGUUACCUCGACGUUCCACACGCCCGUGUACUCCAAUAUGGCAUUUCAAAUUCUUGCCUACGCACUAGAAGGAAUUACCGGCAAAUCAUUCACCGAUAUAUUUCAGUCCUCGAUCAUCAACCGUUUGGGGCUAAGCAGAACAUCGUUGCAACCUCCAAACAGCACGAAAGAAGGCAUCAUACCAGGAGACAAGAUCUCAAGCUGGUGGAGUGUGGACCUUGCUGAUGCAAGCCCAGUGGGCGGCAUUUUUUCAACUGGAGCAGACAUGGCGACAUUAGGGCAGUCCAUUCUCAAUUCCAGUAUCCUGAGCCCGAUGACAACUCGACAAUGGCUACGUCCCAUCGCCCAUACAGCCGACCUCCACGUAGCAGUCGGUAUGCCAUGGGAGAUACAUCGCCUACUGCAACCUGUUUCAUCAGGAAGCGAUCACACGCGCGUCGUUGACCUCUACACGAAGAAUGGUAUGCUGGGUGGUUACUCAACGCUUUUCGUACUUUCGCCAGAGCACGACUUCGGUUUCGCUCUCUUGACUGCCAGCCCUACAACUGCGGCUGAGUCUGCAGCACGCGCAGUAGCGCUCAAUGUCAUCGGCGAUAUUGUUACAAGUACCAUGGUUUCGGCUUUCGAGCAAGCCGCCCGCGAUGAGGCCGCAUAUAACUUCGGAGGGAUUUAUGCCAGCUCUAAUAUGAGCCUGGAGAUCUCUGUGGAUAACGCUCAUCCGGGACUUAAGCUUAGUAACUGGACCAUGGGUGACAAGGACGUAUUGGAGCAGUAUACAGGAGUGCCGAACGCGCAGGUUGACGCCAGACUGUAUCCUAUGGAUCUGGAGAGCAACGGCAAAAUAUCUUUCCGCGCUGUGUACGAAGGGGUUCGUAACGCUUCUCAGACAUCGCAACCCGGGGUUGUGUUCUCUCAGGGUUGCCUGCCUUGGGGAGGUGUUGCUGCGUUACACUAUGGGAAAAUCGCAUUUGACGAUUUCGUGUUUGAGGUGGAUGACAAGGGCAGGGCGACUUCUAUAAUUCCUAGAAUCACACGACAGACUUUAGAGAGGACCAAGUAA